GCCCAAACUGGCAUGUUUUCUCAUGUGGUGGUUUGUUCCCGAGUCGCCGAGGUGGCAGAUCCAGAAAGGGCAGUACGCCAAAGCUCGCCAGACGCUGGCGCACGCCGCCAGGGUUAACGGCAACAAGGUGCCCGAGUCUGUGCUGGACGAGGUUAUGCCCCUUGAGCACCGCCACGACAAGCUCCUGGUGAACGGUGUCAAGGGCAACAACUCCUGCACGAAGACGUCAAGAGACGAGAAAGUCCAAUCUCGGUUUCUGGACGUUUUUAAAAGUCCAGCUUUGCUUUUAAGGGUCGUUAUCAUCUUUUUCAACUGGUUUGUCAGCGGACUGGCCUACUUUGGACUGAACUACAACAUCGGCAACUUGGGGACAGGCAGCAUCUUUCUCAACUUUUUUCUGUCCGGCCUGGUCGAGUUUCCUGGUCAUCUCUUUACUGUGCUGGCAGCUGACAGGAUAGGCCGCAAGAUGUGCCACUUUCUCCUGAUGUUUGUCUGUGGAGUUGCCUGCCUGUGUUCUGUCCUCUCCAUUGUGUUCGCCCCUGCAGACCUUCAGUGGAUCACGGUUAUGUUCGCCAUGAUAGGCAAGCUUGGUGCCGCUGGAGUUAUGGGGACUGUGUACAUGUACUCUAUUGAAGUCUUCCCCACCUCGCUCAGGAACUCCGCCAUUGGAGUCUGUUCCUGUUGGGCUAGGGUCGGCUCCAUGCUGGCUCCUUACAUGGCGGCUCAGGGGGCCAGAACUGUGGGAGUUUUGGGGAGUAGCGUCCCCUUGUUGGUCUGUGGUUGUCUGGCUCUCGCUGCCUCGUUCAUGUUCUUUGUUUUACCUGAGACCAUGAACCAGAAACUGCCGGAAACUAUCGGUGAUAUGAUGGAACUGACCAGGAAACCAAAAUGUGCUCAUAAGGAUAAACCAAUGAAAGUUGAAAUCGAUGUGGCAUCACCAGCACUGCUGGAUAAUGUAUCGUGAUGUUGCCUGAAGAUGCUGAAGUCGACGUUUUCUGAAGAUGUUGAAGUCGAUGCUGUCUAUAGAUGUUAAGGAUGAUGUUUCCUAAAGAUGUUGAAGCUAAUGUAUCGUGAUGUUGUCAGAAGAUGUUGACUAAGAGGAGCCUACCAUGUUUUCAUUAUUUCUGCUACUUGCAGAUAUUUUUGGUUGACAAAAAAAUGUAACUGAUGAACAUAAUUGAUCUAUUUUAUGUACAUUGUAUAGAUACUAUUUUUAUUGCACAUUUUUAAAUUCUCAUGUUUACAUUGCGUUUUUAAUUUUUUUAUAUCAAGGUAAUAUAAUACCUUUGAAUUGUUUGAUGGCUAUUUUUAUGCAUUGAACAGAUUCUGUUUUAUGUUUUGGUUAU